CAUUGUCAAUCACGAAGGAACACAUACCUAUCUGCCACGGACCUUCGAGGUAGCAAGGUGGUCAGUUAGUGGUGUGUAGGAGUGAAAGUCGACAUUUUCUUUUUAACCGUUUAUAUUUUGCAGCUGCACACCAAAGACAACAGAAACAACAACAAAAAAGGAACUGUGAAAUGAAGGCAUUGUCUGCAUCUUGAUAAGAGGAUUUCUAACCAACAAGGAGACUACUCAAUAAUUGACUUUGUAAAAGAUGUUCCCCUGGUCAGCAGUGUUUUCUCUGGAGCCGAAAGUGCCUGGACAGCGUACGGCAGAAGAACUAGUCACCAACACCCUGAUGCUGGAGCUGGGUGCCAUGGUGAAGCGCACCGAACGUAUCCGCCUGGAAAGGGUGACAAAAGAGGGCCGGCGCCGGCGCAGCUCUUCCUCCGCUGACUACAGCUGGCUGGCCACUGCCCCCACCCACCAACCCUAUGAGCUGACCCCCCGAGACCUGAUAGAACUGCAGGACCUGUGUGCCAGGGUGCCACCGUCUCAGUGUGGCCCUGUCAUUGUUAGGUUCAGGAAUCUGGUGACGGAGAUUGAGCCGGAGGUUCACGAGGUGGCUCGUCUGUUCCGCACGGUUCUACGUGACUGUGUGGAGGGAGAAGAGGAGAACGAGGAGAUGAGGAUGAGGUCAGCCGGCUGGGACAAACAACGCAGCAAGAGCCUCUCCUUUGUAACCUUCCGCUCCAAGUUCCGCCCCGCUCCCUUCAGGGGUGGGGGCCUGGGCGGGUCACGAGGCAACCUGCAGGAAGAGUCGAGCUGGUACGAGGAAGACGAGGUGGAGCAGCAGGAGGGAGCAGCAAACGUGGCGAGAGCAGCCAGGAAGGGGAGGAGCAUGAGCAUGCCUGAUAUCACCCCCAUCGAACAGAGUGCACUUGGCUGAGGGAGGGAUGGAGAAAGAGAAUAGAUGAGAUUGAUAGGGGAGAAGGUCAAGAUGAGAUGCAAUAUGAGGACAGCUCACACCUCAGCAGAUUCACUGACUGUUUAGACAUAAUGCAGUUACAUAUGCAAGAGUAGAAUUGCAAGCUUAGCCAGCAGAUAUACAAUACUAUUUUGUUUUUUUUAUUGUGAAUUACAUUUUCUGAAUGCGUUAACACUUGAAAUGCAUGUAAAAUGAACUAGAAAAUACAGGUCUUAUUUUCCAACAGAUCCUUGAUAAUAAAUUAGUUUGUGUGGAUUAUUGUGGGGCCAUUACUACUGCAUAGCUUAGUUCCAGUCCUUUGGUUGGCAUGGUUACUCUAUAACAAUUCAUUAUAUCAAUAUUCUAUAAUCCUUUUACUCAGUAAAGAAUUACAGUCCUUUGCA